AUGUAUGUAAUCCUGGAUGACCAGAGUAAUCGAUCACUUGCCAAGAGUUCAUUCUUUGACGUGUAUCAGAUUCAUUCGCAACCAGAAGAGUACAUUAUGAACUCAUGCAAUGGAAAAAUUAUGACUUCCGGUCGACGUGCCUCUGGAUUCACACUGGAAUCAUGUGAUCGCCAAGUGCACAUAGACUUGCCCGUUCUCAUUGAAUGUGACAACAUACCUAACAAUAAAUACGAGAUACCAUCACAGGAAGUCGCUAGACAUCAUCCACACCUACGUGACAUUGGACUCGAAAGCGUAGACGAAAACUGUCAAAUCUUGUUGCUUCUUGGCAGAGAUGUACUAUAUGUGCACCGCAUCCUUGACCAGAGAGUUGGUCAUCCUGAUGCACCUAUUGGACUUCGAUCACCUCUAGGAUGGACAGUAGUCGGUGAUGUGUGUCUUGGAUCUCAGCAUUGCAGUAAUAAUGUCAAUGUGUAUAAGACAUUUGUAUUGUCCAAUGAACGACCAUCCUUACUUCAACCUUGUGAAAAUGAAUUGAAAGUGAAAGAGGUGGUUACAUCGAAGGUACCUGCCAAACAUUCUCUGGACUACACAGGUGACAAUAUUUUCUUACUUACACCUCAUGACAACAAGCAAGGAAUGUCUACAGAAGAUAAAGUUUUUCUGGAAGGAAUGGACAGAGAGUUCAAGAAGAACAUCGAAGGUAACUGGGAGGCUCCACUACCGUUCAGGAACCAACGCCCAUGUUUACCGAACAAUCGAGCUAUGGCCUUGGGAAGAGCUAAUCGAUUUGACGCUAAUCUAAGGAGAGAUCCAGUCAAAUGCAGACACUUCCUAGACUUCAUGCAGAAACUGUUUGAUCAUAAACAUGUCGAGACUGCACCGCCUGUUGGUAAGGAUGAGGAAGUGUGGUAUUUACCAGUUUUUGGUGUAUACCAUCCUCGCAAACCGGACCAGAUCAGAGGAGUGUUUGAUUCUUCAGCUACAUUUCACGGACUUUCUUUGAAUGAUGUUUUGAUGUCUGGUCCAGAUCUCAACAACAGUUUACUCGGGGUGCUUAUCAGAUUUCGCAAGGAGCCAAUAGCUAUAACAGCUGAUAUCCAACAGAUGUUUCAUUGUUUUUACGUACGACCAGAUCACAGGAACUACUUAAGAUUCUUCUGGCACCAUAACAAUGACUUUAACCAAAAGCUUGAGGAAUAUAGAAUGAGGGUCCAUGUGUUUGGAAAUAGGCCGUCACCCUCAGUAGCUACAUACGGUCUACAUCGAACAGCAUUGGAAGCUAAGGAAACAUUCGGACCAGAUGUCACUGACUUUGUUUUAAAUCACUUCUAUGUGGAUGAUGGAUUGAUCUCCGUACCUUCUAUCAACCAGGCUGUUGACUUGAUGAAACGAACACAGCAGGCGUUGGCGACGCAUGGUAACUUGCGUUUGCACAAGAUCGCCUCCAACAGCAAAGACGUUGUUCGUGAAUUCUCCCCAGAUGAUCUUUCCAAGGAACUGAAAAGCUUGGAACUAUCUGACGACGACUUACCUGUUCAGAGGAGCUUAGGACUUUGCUGGAACAUGAACAUUGAUGCAUUUACUUUCCAGAUUACAAGUGACGAGAAACCCUUGACUCGACGUGGAGUGCUUUCCACUAUUAACAGUAUAUAUGAUCCCUUAGGAUUUGCUGCACCUGUGACAAUUGAAGGGAAAUUGUUGUUACGUCAAUUGACUGAUGGAAACACUGGAUGGGAUGCACCACUUAUUGACAUAGAAGGACAGAAAUGGCAAAUGUGGAGGAAUUCUUUAUCUGGUCUUGAAGAUGUGUCAAUUCCCCGUCAAUAUGUUCCAUGUUCUCUUCAAGGAAGUGUUCGAAAUGAACUUCACGUAUUUUGUGAUGCAUCUGAGAAGGCGAUAGCUGCAGUCGCCUACCUGCAUGUGUUUAAUGAGGAAAAUGAACAUUACGUAGGAUUCGUUAUCGGAAAAACCAAGGUUGCUCCACUUCAUGGACAUACAAUUCCAAGACUGGAGUUGUGCUCUGCCCUUCUCGCAGUUGAAAUUUAUCAACUAGCCAACGAGAACCUGAACAUUGAAUUUGAGACUGUGAAAUUUUACUCGGACAGUAGAGUAGUACUAGGAUACAUCAUCAACCAGACAAGAAGAUUUUUUAUCUAUGUUUCGAAUCCUGUGGAGCAGAUUCUUAAACAUUCAACGCCAAAACAGUGGAAUUACGUUCCAACAGGACUGAAUCCCGCUGACAUUGGAACGAGGGGCUUAGCGGCUGACAAGCUUCAAAGUAGUGUUUGGAUCCAGGGACCUAUUGAAUUUCUUACAAGACAGUCUGUGGAAUCUGAUGAUGCUUCUAGCAUGGAUAUUUGUCAGUCUGAUGUGAAUACCUACCUGUCUGAAGUCGAACCAGUAUCUAGUUCUGAACCUGAGCAUGGAAGUAUUGUUAGUAGGUUUAAGCGGUUCUCUGAGUGGUCUAGGCUUGUACAUGCGUUUGGAAGGCUGAAAACGAGAGCACGACAAGUAAAGAAAACAACAGAGGAUUCAUUGGUUUCGUUCAGUGAAGCAGAGAAAUUUAUUGUAAGUCUCGUCCAGCAUGAUGUUUAUGGUGAAGAGAUACAAUCGAUCAGAAGUAACCAAUGUUUACCAAGAAGUAGUCCACUUCAAGCAUUAGGACCAGUCCUAGAUGAGGAGGGCAUCCUGCGUGUAGGAGGGAGACUCAACAAACUGAAGUUAGACGACUUUGAGAAGAAUCCAGUCAUUAUCCCAGGGACUCAUCACAUUGCUACAUUACAAGUACGCCAUCAUCAUCAACUACUUAGGCACCAGGGACGUCACUUUACAGAGGGUGCAAUCAGAUCAGCUGGACUAUGGAUCACAGGAGGAAAAAAGCUUGUGUCUUCAGUGAUUCACAGAUGUAUUGUAUGUAAAAAACUGAGAGGAAAACAUGCUGUCCAAAUUAUGGCUGACCUCCCAGCUGACAGGCUUGAACAAGCACCUCCUUUUACAAAUGUAGGUGUCGAUGUCUUUGGACCAUGGCAGAUCGUCACCAGAAAGACGCGAGGUGGAAGUGCAUCGUCAAAGCGAUGGGGCGUCUUAUUUACAUGUUUAGUGACAAGGGCAGUUCAUAUAGAAGUAGUUGAUUCCCUGAGCUCAUCAGCAUUCAUUAAUGCUGUGCGCAGAUUUACAAGUAUAAGAGGGAAGGUGAAAAUAUUUCGGUCUGAUAGAAGCACUAAUUUUAUUGGAGCAACAGAUGACCUGAGAGUUGAUACAGUCUGUGUGGAAGAUGAUACUUUGAAAAAAUAUCUGUACAAUUCCGGAACAAAGUGGAUUUUUAAUCCUCCACACUCGUCACACUUCGGGGGAGCAUGGGAAAGAAUGAUUGGACUAGUGAGCAACAUUCUCGAUGCCAUGUUUAUGGAGCCAAACAACAAGAACAUUACACAUGACGUUCUUUGCACAUUGAUGGCGGAGGUGACCGCAAUUAUAAAUUCUCGACCCUUAACGCCAGUGUCGUCGGACCCAGAUUCUCCGUUCGUUCUAACACCUAACAUUUUGUUGACACAGAAACAUUCUUCAGAUUCUGAUAUCUUAGAGUUUGGUGACAUAGGAGUGAAAGACAUGUUGAAGUCCGAGUGGAAACGUGUGCAGGGUCUUGCAAGCCAGUUCUGGAAAAAAUGGAAGUCUGACUAUCUCCACUUACUCCAGCCGCGCAGAAAAUGGAAGAGUGAAGAGCCAAAUAUCAACGAAGGUGACAUUGUGCUAGUGAAGGAGGAAAGUCCCCGAAAUCAUUGGCCAGUGGCAGUUGUGCAGAGAACAUUCAAGAGUGAUGAUACUUUAGUUAGAAAGAUUCAGGUUAAGUUGUUAAGAAACGACAAACCAGUUGUUCUUGUUAGGCCAAUUUGUGAAGUUAUUCCAUUAUUAGCACUGUAAUGUGAUCAUUUUAGUUAAACAUUUUUCAUACUUGUACAUUAUCAUUUUGUAGUUUUUCAGUGUAUUGUUGCCUAUAGUCUUAAUGACAUCUUACAGAUAUCAGACGGGGAGUGUCCUGUCAUUUGUUUGAAUCAACUUGCGAAACAUUCUCUUUCUAUACGAAUUACAUAUGUACGAGUUAAUUAUAUAAGAGAGGAUGGAACUCUUUUGUAUUUUGAGUUAACGCACGUUUUUUCUUCGCGCCAGCAAUGUUUAGAGCAUUCUGUGUAUUCAUCUUUUCUUUUUGGUUCGCCACGGUCCUUUUACCACUUUCACUUUCACUUGCACCUGUGCAACAUUAAAAG